AUGUACGGAUAUCAAUUGGUGUGAUGCAGAAAAGCAGUUAUUUUUGUAGAACCUUGUGUUUUUGUGGGCCCCGUGGGAGAGUCGCACCAAAGCCGUCAGUUAAUUUUUGGUUCCAUCAAUCGAGGAAGAGCAGCGUGGCGGAUUGCCAGACAAAGCAGGUGGAUAUCAACGACAAUACCCACCCGUUUUAUAACUACACGUCUGGGAGAUGGCUGUAAGUUCACAAUAUUUAACAUAUAUCAAUCGAUUGUGGAUGUGGAGCGUACACUGUUCGCAGUACAAUUUCCUGCGAGUGGGAGCCUGUACUUCACGGAUUUCUUAGGCGCACAUGAGAAGAAUGUGGAUAUUCCACAUGAAGCUGGCGUUACAUCUAAGACCAAGUUCUGCGUAGGACCGUCGACUGAGUAUCUAUGGCGGUAUCAAAACCGACAUAAGCUUGCCGUAAAUCAUGGGCCUUGGCAGAGUAGUAUGGAACUGUUGACAGCAAUCGGCGAGAGAGAGACCAAGUGGCUCCAGAAAUUCGGCGAAAAAAGAUACCCGCGCGAGCCACUCUAUAAGGAAUUUUACGGACACCAAUUGGUAGAUCCACAAGUCCAAAUAAAAUACCUAGCCGAUUAUCUGAAGGUCGCUCCUCACCUCGUUCCUGAUGGAGAAGAGCUGAAUGCCCCAACCAUCCGCCACCCCGAUCUUUCGCCAAGCAAUAUCUUCAUCUCGGAAACCGGCAACAUCACUGGCAUCAUCGAUUGGCAACACACUGCUGUCCUUCCAAUUUUCGUCCAAGCUAAGAUCCCGAAACACUUUCAGAACUACGGCGACGAUGACUCUGAGAACUUUCGGCGUCCGAAGCUUGCAGAGGGUGUUGAUGCCAUGUCCGAGAGUGAUAGGGAAGUAGAGAUGAAACUCUACCGCCGACGACAAGUCCAUUACUUCUAUCUUGGCUACACAAGCAGUCGUAACAAGCCGCACUUUCAUGCCAUGGGAAAGCACAACCUCGUUCUAAGAAACCAACUUUACGACAUCGCUGCUCGACCAUGGGAGGGUGAUAACACCUCGCUACAGGCACAACUAAUCAGAACUCUAGAACAUUGGCCCGAAAUAAGAGCUGGUGGGGAAGCCCCACCGAUUCAGUAUUCCGAGGCUGAAAGUCGAGAGUGCCUUGAAAGAGACGCAAAGCAGAAGAAUGCAGAUGAGCAGAUGCAGCAGGUUCGCGAAGCUAUAGGUGUUGACAUCGAGGGUUGGGUUCCGAACGACGAGUUUGAAAGCGCUAAAGCGAGAGCCGAGGCGAUAAAGAGUGAGAUGGCGCAAGCGGCCGAUUCAGAAAAGGAAAGAAGAGAGUUUGAGGAACUAUGGCCAUUUCAGGAUCACGAAGAAAUGGAUUGAAUAUUCGACAUGGUAGGAUGAAAUUACUGCCGGUUGAUUAAUUCGAAAACAGCGUGUUAUGGGACCGUCGGGAUAUUUAUUUCCAAGUUAGGUUUUGGCAAGGAAGCUAUAAUACUCGUCAAGAAGCAGAUGCAGG